AUGGCGAUCAAAUUCGCUUCACUACUGCUCAUCUUCUUCUUCACCGCAGUCUCAGAUUCCCAAUUUACAGACGAAUCUGGGCUCCCGAAAUUCACUUUCAGUUGGUCGGACGAUAAGAACAAGUUCAAAUCCGGGGAAAUCGCUUUAAUCAUGAUCAAAGUUCUCGGAAAUUUUGACAACAAAGGAAACGCUUCACUAUCGCAGAGUGCAUUUAAGCCUACACUCACCGUGAACGGGAAAAUUGGCAACAGUUCGUACAUUUCUGGGGUUUCGCUGUAUCUUGGUGCCGAUAUUAGCACUUGGAAGAUCUCUUUUAUCCCAAUCAUUGUUGGGAUCUUCAACGUCGUUAUAAACGAAGAGAAUUUCAAAGUCCUCGAUUCGUCUCUCGAUUUCGAAGUCGUACCAGGGUUAAUGUACCCAUCUGUGUGUGCUGUUUCUUGGAUGGGUCUUGCAAAUGUGUUUGAAGCGGGGAUGAAUGUGUCGAUUUUGAUUCUUCCCAAGGAUGCGUUUGGAAAUAACAUCUCCUUCUCUGGGAACCAGAGUGAGAUGGAGUUUCAAGGGUUUUCGUUGUCUCUUCUCGAUGAAAACGGUUCGAUUGCUAGCAGUCUUAAUCUCACAGAGAUCAGGUGGAUUGAAUCUGGUUAUAUCAAUAUUGACUUUGUUCCCGUGACCGCUGGUAAAUUCUUGUUGCUUGUGGAGAAAGAAAGCCAAACCCUAAACGCUGGUCCAUUACCUCUUCAAGUGAAUUCAGGGCCUUUGGAUGUUUCGAAUUGUGUGAGUAUAUGGAAGUCAGAGAUAAACACAUGGCAGAUAUUUUCGAAAAUGGAGAUGCUGCUACACCAGAAGGACCGAUUCGGAAACCUUGUUUCAGGUUUCUACGAGUUUGAUGCUGAUGUGGUGGAGAAAGAGACCGGUUUGUCUAUACCGGUUGCUGAUUUCCGGUUUAAGUAUGUAAAGCCAGGGAUUCAGUUGAUGUCUUUUACCCUGUCUGAGCCAGGAAAUUUCUUGCUAACGCUUUCUGAUAUGGAGCACAAUAAGAGCAUCUCUGGUAUGCCUUAUGAGUAUACAGUGUAUAUAGGUUAUUGUGAUGGAUCAAGAAGUAUAGUGAAUGGUUCAGGGAUCAAUGCUUCUGUUGCUGGGGAGGCUCUUGGCUUCUCUAUUUACUUGAAAGAUGCUUAUGGUUAUCCCUCAUCAGUCCUAGUGAGUAGACUUCAGGUCCGAAUUAUACUAGAGACUGAUUCAUCGUCUAUUCUUCCAACCAUACAGCCUAGAGAGAGCCUUAAUGGGACUGGAUUAAAUUACAGAAGUGCUACCCCCUUGUAUAAGAGACAUGGCCGAAGAGCUUUGGGAAGCCUAGUGACUCAAGCUAGUACGUUUGACGUAACCUAUACUCCAAAAAAAAGUGGAAUUUAUCAAAUCUUGAUCUCAUCUGGAAACAUAGUCCUCAAUGGAGGCCAACCUUUCAUCAAGGAAGUAAGUCCAGGCGAAGUGAAUGUGGCAGCAUGUAGUGUGACUCAGUUCAAUGCAAAAGUACCAAAGGAAAUCAAGAAUAAGAUUGUGGUCUUUCUGGUAGACGGCUUGUACAAUCCUGUGCCUUCACAGCCAUAUCGGUUAAACUUGGAGAUCACUUCGGCUAACACAUCAAGUUUCACUACAUGGAACUUUGUCGAUAACAAUGAUGGAACAUAUAUUGGUAGUUAUCUGGCCAUGGAGGUCGGUACUUACCAAAUGUGCGUAUCCUUUGACAGUCAACACAUCCAACCUUGUCCCUUUGAUGUUAAUGUGUAUAGCAGUGGAUACUUUCCAAAACCCUAUGAUGAUCCAGUUAAUGUGUGGGAAGAUGAGUCAAUCUCUUUCAAUCCACUGGAAAACGACUAUGUUGCUGGCGACAAUGCGAGCCUCCUCGGUUUCUCACAACCAAGUCAUGGUUCUCUUCUGAGAGAUGGAAACCUCCUUAGAUACACGCCAAUAAAGGAUCUUUCGGGGAAUGACUCCUUUCUUUAUACAAUAGUUGAUAUCAAUGGGAACUUAGCGGCAGCUACAGUACACAUCUUUAUUUUUACUGCUCCUCCUCAUGGCUUCUCUGGUCUGGAGAUAAGCUACUCAGACCUGAUGGAGAACAUUUCAGUAACGGUACAAGCACUUUCAGGUUCGGUCAUUCUGUCUCCUAUGCUGAUGCAGUUUAGGCAGCCUGCAAGUGGAAGACUUUCAGUUUGCAAUGGAGGUGAAGAUGGAAGGCUCUUGAUCUUAGAAGGACAAAUAGGUGUUAUCAAUCCCGCUCUUCAGUCCAUUCAAUAUCUUGGAAACGAGAAUUUUGCUGGAGUUGAUUCUCUUCGGCUGUCCACAAGGAACAAGAAUGGGAUCAAUCAACUGGAUGUUCCGGUUUUCGUUGAACCGGUCAAUGAUCGACCGUCUAUUGACGUUCCUCAGUAUAUAAUGCUGGAGAGUAAUGGGGAUGAUUCGCUCAUCUUUUACAGGGAAACAGACAAAUUCAACUUCUCAGUUGGAGAUCCAAAUCUUGCUAAUUUUCCCGGUGGAGAUUCUCUUUUCUUAGUAACGUUUUCUGUGGAAGUCACUGACGGGUUUCUGCUGGCUAACUUGCCGUCUGAGCUUAUAAACUCAACAGAGCUAAAGCUCAGAAACGUAUUCCAAUGGCAGCCUAUUCAGACUUAUACCGCCAUUUCUAAACAAGGGAAUGUCAAAGCAAGUGGGAUCAGGUUUCGUGGAACUAUGCUGCAAUGCAACGACCUCAUGCAACAUCUGCUCCAUCAGGGAGGAGAGAACGGAGCGGUCUUGACCCUGAAAAUGAGUGAUAUGGGGAACUACGGAUGCUUCCUUGACUGCACCGAGAGAAUUUCACUGCCUUUACACGCAAAGGCUCACGUGAACCUCAUCAGAAAGAGGCCCUUAAGUUCCCUUGCAGCUCACGUUCUUGGAUCUGUGAUUGUGGUGGAGUCCCUCAUUGUAUUCUCCCUCGCUACUGUGCUUCUGUUCUUCACUUGCAAAUGUGCAUUCCUACUCGUACACGAGAAAAGAAACGAGCAGAAGAAUUCGCAGAAACCGACGGACAAUGCCCAAGUGUUAAACGACAAUGUCUCAACAAGAACAAUGACAGGUUGUCUCCUGGAGAGUAUUUGGAAUUGCCAUCCGCUGCAGAGACAAGUUGGCGAAACUUCUGGCGAGCAUAAUCCGUCUCCGGAGAAUAACAUUUCGCCGUUAGAGCUAGAGAAGGCUAGAAGUUCAUGA